AUGGCAGAACCAUCGGCCCCACCGGGCAUUUGCAGCAGCGAGGCGGAGCUAAGCAGUGGACCGAGCACGGCCAGCGCCACUACCAGCAGCGGCGCUGCUGCGACGGCCGGCACCGCGCGGUCGAUCGCCGUGUUCGGGGCGAGCAACGAGUUCAGCGCCUGGGGCAGCAUCGGGGUGGCGAGCCUGGCUGGUGGGGCCGCCGACGGCGUCCCGCUGCCGCCGCCGCCGCCGCCGCCGGCGCUCAUGUCCCUAGGGGUUGUGAUGGAGUCGGGCAGCGGCAGCACCGACGCGCACCUGGCGGCGCCCGCGGCCGCGGUCGCGGCCCUGCCGCCACUGCCGCGCCUGCCGCCGCUGUACUCGCCCUUCGCCGCGGUGCAGGCCGCCCCUCCGCCCCCCCAACCCAGCCCUGCCCCCGAUGCCGGCGCCCAGGAGCGGCCGAAGGAUGUCGCCGCCCCGGUCCCGGCGGCCGCGCCCGCUACGCCUCGGGCCGCGGCUGCGCCCUCAACCUUGGGCCUGCCUCGCGAGCCUGGGCCAGCCAGUGAAGCCGCCGCGGGUCACGCAAAGGCGUCGGCCGGGCCCGGCAGCGCCCCACCGAUGCCCCGGCGCGGCCCGGCGCUCUACUCUCCUUUCGCAGCCGUCGCAGCCGCGCCAAGCUACGACAGCUUUGGCUCCGCCUCAGCCCCUCCGGUCGCUGCGGCCAGCCCGGCCGGCGCAGACCCGGAUCCACCGCCCAGCGAUGCGGCAGAGGAGGAGGCGCGCGUCGCGCCGCCCGCCGCCGCCAUGCCACAGUCGCCGCAGUCGUCGCCGCGGCCUGAGGGGUCGCGGCAGCCGCCGAGCGCCCAAGCGUCCGGCAGCAACAGCGGCGCAACCACCGGCCCCUGGAAGCUGGCGACGCCGUUUGCCGCCAGCCUGGUCCCCUUUGAUGAUAUUGAGGAGGGGCACGGCAGCGAAGAGGGGCCGGACGGCAGCGAGAGCAGCGUCGGCGGCCACGGCGCAAGGCCCGCGAGCGUGAUCGGCGGCAGCACGAGCUGCGGCAUGGGCGAGGGCAAGGGCGCGGCGGCAGGCGGCGGGGGCGCGCAGUCGCCGGAGGCGCUCCCGAGCACCGGCAUCUUCACGCCAAACGCAUCGGACGUCCUGCGCAGCGGUAUGCCGCAGCAGCCCAGCGCGUCGCCUGCGCACGGGCAGAGCCGGGACGGCAGCACCAAGGGCGGCAGCGCCAGCGACAUGCUGCCACUCGGCGCAGCCGGGGCGGCCGCGGCGGCCACGAGCAGUCCCACAGUGCUGGAGGCGCCCGCAGGCGCCAGUCAGCAGCAGCAGCAGCAGCAGCAGCAGCAGCAGCAGCAGCAGCAGCAGCAGCAGCAGCAGCAGCAGCAGCAGGCACUGCAGGAACAGCAGCAGCGGCAGUUGCAGGAGCGGCAGGAGAGCGGGCGGCAGCAGAGCAGCGGCCACAUGCAGCAGCUAGGUGCCGCCGCAGCAGUCAUCAUGGCUGCAACGGCAGAGAUGGAGGCCUGCCGCAGCAGCAGCGCAGGCGACGGCGAGAGCCGGUUCGGCAGCACAGCGGCUCCGCUGGGGCCGAGCCGGCUCUCGGCCCCGCAGGCAGCGGCGGCUGCGAUGCCCCAGCUGCAGCAGCUGCCGUUGGAGGUCACGGCGGCCGAGGCGUCGGCUUGGGCACAACAGCAGCAGCAGCAUCAGCAGCAGCAGCAGCAGCAGCAGCAGCAGCAGCAGCAGCAGCAGCAGCAGCAGUUUCAGCUACAGCAGGCGCAGCAGCAGCAAGCCCAGUUACAGCAGGUGCAAUUACGCCAAGCCCAGCUGCUGGCAGAGCAGCAGGCGCAGCAGCAGGCGCUGCUGCUGCAACAGCAGCACGCGCAGCUACAGCAGCUCGCGCAGCAGCAGCAGCAGCAGCAGCUGCUGCAGCAGCAGCAGGGGGGCUCGCCCCUCACAGGCGCAGCGGCCCCCACGCCGGCGCCCUCCGGCGCCAGCGGCAGCGCGUCCCAAGCCGGGGCCCCUGUUUUGGGGCUCCCAGCAAUGGCUCCAAUCCUUCUUGUCCCGACAGCCGCCGCGGCAGCCGCAGCAGCAGCAGCAGGCAGCACCCCCGACAUGUUGUCCCCCGCGGCCUCGCCCGCCGCCGCCGCCGCCGCCACCCCGCGCUUCGCCGCCGCCGCGACGCCGCCGGGCACGCCACGGGCGGCCGGCGGCGCGGCCGGCCUGGGGGAGGCGCCGGCGCGGAUGUCAUUGGAGGCCGGGGCCGGGGGUGUGGCGGAUGCUGCGCUCAGCUGCCUGACCUGCUACCCCCCAGUCCUCACGGAGGGCCAGCCCGCCAACCUGCAUGGUCGGCCUCCUGCAGCCUGA